AUGAUGCAAAGGAACAACAAGCUGGUUUGGGACGAAACGGUUAGGAUUAUGAUGGGUCUCUUCGACAGCGUAUGGCUCGAUCAAGACGUUGUGACUGUUGAUCACUGCAUUCCGGAAAUGACUCUUCCUAUUGCACUAUUCGUUAUCGGGGUCGCUGGUUUUGGUCGGAGAAUAUCGUGGCAAGAUGAUGUCACCGGAAUUCUCACCAAAAUGUUAUGCCCUGAAUGGUUGAUGGGAGUCACGGAGAAGACGCGUAAAGUGAAGUUGGCAUAUCAAGAAUUAGAGCAAUACAUGUUCGAAAUGAUCAAUGCCCGUAGGACCGCAGAGAAGAAAGAGGAACGUUACGAUUUGUUCAGUAGUCUUCUGGAUGCAAACGAUUCUCCAGAUUAUGGACAGGACCCUUUGACUGAACGGGAGUUGAUAGGGAACGUCUUCAUUUUUCUUCUCGCCGGCCAUGAGACGACUGCUCAUACCCUUACCUUUACAUUUGGGCUUCUCGCAUUCUACCAAGAAGAGCAGGAGAUAUUGUACCAGAAUAUCAAGUCUAUUAUUCCUGAUAACAGGAUACCGACGUACGAAGAAAUGCCCUUAUUUACCCAGUCCAUGGCUGUAUUUCUUGAAACCCUUCGAUUAUUUCCUCCGGCGAGCAUUAUUCCCAAGACAAGUGCGGACGACACCACGCUAGUCGCGGAAAAUGACGAGGGAGACACCAAGAUCGUCCUUAUCCCUCGUGGAACACGUCUUUACCUCAAUGUCGUUGGAUUGCACUAUAAUCCUCGGUAUUGGAAGGAUCCGCAUGAGUUCCGGCCUUCGCGAUUCAGAGAGAACUGGCCGCGAGAUGCGUUCCUUCCCUUUAGCAGCGGGGCCCGUGCGUGUAUGGGCAGAAAGUUUUUCGAAACAGAAGGGAUUGCCAGCCUCACCAUGUUGAUUUCAAGAUACAAGGUCAGCUUCAAAGAGGAACCGCAAUUCGCAGGGGAAACGAUGGAAGAGAAGCGAGCGAGGGUGUUUAAGUCGAAGUCUGGAAUUACUCUUUCGCCAAUCCGAAUGCCUUUGGUAUUUACUCGGCGGGUGUAG